GGCUUCUUCUUACCUCAUACGGGGCACCAUGGUGGUGAGGGGUUUGCGUUUGUAUGAUUUCCAAACCCAAAUGUUUUUACUAUCGCUGUGUGUGUGUGUGUGUAUGUGUGUGUGUGUGUGUGUGUGUCUGGUUGCGUUACUUCGGUAGCGUUGUUUAGAACGUGACCGCGGCUGUGGAUUAUGAUGUGACGUAUGCGCAUAUGUGGCGUUUCAUGCACGCAACGUGCUGAAAGUACAAGAAACAGGUGACAAAAGAAUGUCUCUGUUUGAACUUUCGGUUUCUACAAAAGAACUGUUUCGCGAAAAGAAGAGCGGAUCGUCUCAUUAUCAUUUGAAAACGGACAAAAAUGCUAAAAAAACGGACACUGACGUAACAACAGCUAAAACAGUGUUUUACAAGUUCCUAAGUAAGGGAGGAAAGUAAUUGAUUGGAAAUGUCCUUGACCUUAGCUCGUUUCAAUGCACGCACAAGGUUGGACCAUUUUCUCCCGAAUGGCGAAGGAAGCUAAAAUUAAACCCAACUGUUCCAAGAAAGCACGAAUCUAAGAAAUAUUAUUAAAUUCUAAUCUUGCUGAAGUGUUUACCGCGAACAAGAGAGCAAACAACAUCCAUUUGUCAAGUGGAUCUUAAGCAUCUGGGAAGUAUUCGUCGCGUGUCUUCUGUAUCACAUUUCAGCGAAAUGCUAAUAAUAACCAGAACGACGCGAUUUUUUUUGUUGUUGUCUCCAGAGUGCCUAUUGUAUGCCAACUUUCCCCUAAAGCGGUGGCAUUUCAUCCGCAACUGCUGUUCCCUAUUAAACCAAAUCAAUAACAAACUUUUACGCCAAGAACGUAACGCCACCUCCGUCCUUUUUAGCAGAGCGGAUGUCUCUACUCUUCGGAUGUUAUUUUCCACCAAUACAUAGCCAUCUUUUGGUAGUAAUGUGGUGAUAUUUGACCCUCCUUCCCACACGGCCGUAGGCGACGCCAACACACACUGACACGGAAAGGAUGGGAAAUAAUAGAGAGCAUAAUUGUGAUGCGCCGAAAGCGUAACCGAACGGCAUGGUAUUGGUGAUGCAUUGCAGAUGUAGACGAGCAAAUUGUCAUGCAAUUGCCAUGGUGGUUGACUGGCUCAAUGCGACAUUUCACUUCGCUUCUCAUCCUUCCUCUCCAUUCCCCCCAAUCGACAGCAUCCCAUCCUCCUCCUACCAGGUGGAUCCAUCGAGAAGGCACACGAAACCUUCCCUCUUAACUUCCUCAUAUGCUUUUUGUCGCGUUUAUAGGUGCGUUAUUUUUCCCCCAGUCCAGGAAGCGCAUUUCAAAACGGUUUCCAUCCCUUUUAGAGCCUUUUUCGAAGGAUAUCAUAUUUGCGUGUUCCGCGGUUCGCGCGUCAAUGGAGGCGCCCAGUUGUUGACGCAAAACGUGGCUCAAAACUUUCCUUUGAAGCGUACAACCCUAAACUGACAGUAUAUUGGAAUAGGAGUACACAAGAAAGGGCUGUUUAUUGGUUUAUUACGAGAAAAAAAACGGUACCUAAACUGCAUCACAAACAACGUCAAGCGAGAAAAUUAGUUCAGGCGUAGUUGUGGCGCGUACAUGUACAACAACAAAAACACACAUGUCUGCAGUGUCACACACGUAGACUGGUGCAUAUAAAUCUGUUACCGGUAAGCCCACGAGCCCUCGAAUCAUUGUGCUAGACAGGCAAGAAUGAUGGUGGUGGUGGUGGUGGUGGGAGGUAUGCGGUGGAAUGUGUAUAGGAAUUAGCCACGCGCUUUUUACGCUGACCACGUGUAUCGACUGGAACAGCAAACGCUAAAUGGCGGCUUUACCUUUACCUCCCCCCUCCCGGAAAUGGGGUGAGCUUGUGUCCAGAACACGUUGCGCUGCCGUACGUUCGUUUUUUUGAGCAGCAUUCCACAGUGUGGUUUGAGGUCAUCCUGUCCUGUUUUACGUCUAUUUUCCAUCCAUUUUGUUCGUUCCAGCACCCUCACACACAUCGGUGUAGAAACCCUUGGCCGUAACAUUCACCGGGCUUUAGCGCGGCUUGUUUACCGGCUUUACUGGCGUCGCCUGCCCUCUCUUUUUCUCUCCUCGCCAUGGCAAUGGCUUGUUUUGCCAUGUGUCGGGUGCGUUCGUGUUCUGUGCUGAUUCUCGCCAAUUAGCGCUGUUUACCGUUCCAGGACGUUGGAAAAUAGAGAGAGAGAGAGAGAGAGUGCAAAAGAGACAUCCAAACGUGAGACGUUCUUGUCACUAUUCUCUCCCUCUCGACGCUCUCGUCAAAUCGGCAGUCCUUAGCUACGCGGCCACAUUCCAUCGAAGUAGCAGUAGUUCGCGUAUGCCGGAACGUUUGUGACUGUUUCAGGUAGGACAGUUCGUCCCUGGGCACCGGUGGUGAAACGUACCCACGAGUCCCGUGUGCCAACGCGCACAGAGCACAGCUCUAGCCCACAGAAGCCCGAACUUUGGGAAGUUCAAAAUACCACAACGUUUGACUAUUUGUCGCCGUUUGACUACGUGUGCGCUUGUGUGUGUGUGUGUGUCUCCUCUUGAAUAUUGUUACCGUGCCAGCCUUUGUUUGUCCCCUUUAGUGGAGCGUCCCGUUCCCGGUUGCGGUUGACGACGGUUCGGGUGGAAGGAAAUCAAAUUCUUUCGCGCGGAAAACUCCAUUCCCGUGGCGAAAGCUAUUUCGUUGUUGGUGCUUUCUUCAUUAACGCUCUGCGGUUCCGUUUGCGCCUUUGGGAAAGGUGGUAGUAGUAGUAGUAGUAGGCUGUGGGAAGGUGAAGAGCAUCCCGUGUUUUGUUUGUGAUUUUGGGUCCUCCUCGCGCGACUGAAAUCAAUAGUGGAUUGGAGUUUGCGUGUGUGUGUGUGUGUAUGCGAGCUUAAAUGUAUUAAAACUACACAAACAAAAGGUGAAAAAAGAACGGCAAUGACGACGACGGGUUGAAUACUAUUGACGUUUGCCUAAUUGGACGCUCUGUGGGUAAAUAUUGGUUAGUAGUCGUCUGCACGUCUCGUCUGUGAUAUCGAGCCCAAUCACAAUCGAUCGAGCUAAACCCCUUAAAAAAAUCGGGAAGGAUUAUAGCACGGAAUAAUUAACCUAUUAAGCGCGUGUGUGCCUUGUGUGAGUGUGUAAAAAGAUUGAGCGAUUUUACGAAAUACCGUCAGCCACAACACCUCUCUGCCAGACCUCCGCAUAUCUGCCGCGAUCCGUUUGCAACGCUUGCACGACGGCAAUGAGAACUGGUGCGGGCGUCGAUCGUUGUUUGAGUUUAGCGCGUUCCCCGAACGCAUCCGGCUUGCCAUUGGAUUUGUGCUUGAAAUUAGCCACAAAACGACGUGGUGCACUCCAGCGAAAGAGCAGCACAGCAGGAAGGGCGACAACGAAACGACAGACCAUUCACGGCGACGAACACCUCAAGUGCCAAAGCAGCAGAUACAGCACCGUACCGGCCAACGAAAGCGCUCCUAGACGGUGUUGUUAGAAACAAAGGAAAAGUUCGGAACAGUUAUCUGUGCCAGUCCGAUUCAGGGACACUACAAAAAACACAGAGAAACACAUAGUGUCUUUAGAAGUCCUUAAGAGAAGGACACACAAACGCUCAUACAGGGAAAAGAAGUCUUUCGAACUGUUCAACAGCAACGUUUGGCAGCUCCUCAAAACCGGACGGCAAGAUGGUCGUUGUCGCGGGAUAUAAAAUAAAGCUUCCACACUACCAUCAGCUCAUCCCGUACAAAAAGGGACGCGGUCUGACCGGGUUGAAGAAUUUAGGCAACACCUGCUACAUGAACAGCAUACUGCAGUGCCUCAGCAAUACGCACUUUCUCAACGAAUUCUUCCACGAUCCGUCGUUCAAGAUGCACCUCAACCGCAACAACAAAACGCAGGGCAAGAUUGGGGAAGAGGUGGCCGCCGUCAUCAAGGCACUGUGGACGGGGCAGUACAAGUGUAUUGCAAGCAAAAAUUUGCGGUACGUCGUUGGACAGUACGAGCGACAGUUCGGGGGCAUCGAGCAGCAGGAUUCACACGAGUUUCUCACCAUCCUCAUGGAUUGGCUACAUUCCGAUCUGCAGACGAAACAGAUGCAGAUAUCGACCAGCCUCGAUCAGCUGCCCCCGUCGGAAAAGGCAUGGAUAGAGCAUUUCAAGGGCAAGGACAGCUACAUCUCGGAACUGUUCUACGGGCAGAUCAAAAGUACGGUCAAGUGCACCCGGUGCCACAAGGAAAGUGCCACCUACGAAUCGUUCUCGAAUCUCAGCCUGGAGCUGCCGCAAGAUUCAAACAUCUGCUACCUGGAGAAUUGCCUCGACAUGUACUUCAACGGCGAGGAAGUGCGCGGCUGGCACUGUCCAAAGUGUAAGAGCAAUCAGGACGCGAUCAAAAAGCUGGACAUCUCCCGGCUACCGUCGAUACUGGUGGUGCACUUCAAGCGCUUCUACGCCGACCCGGACACGAUGGCGACGGUGUACCGGAAGAAGCAAACGCUCGUCAAGUUUCCGCUCAGCGAGCUGAACAUGACGCGCUACCUGGCCCGCACCGAGGUGAACCGGAACAAGCGGCUCACCACGUUCCGGUACCAUCUGUACGGCGUUUCCAACCACUACGGCUCGAUGGAGAGCGGCCACUACACGGCAUUCUGCCUGAACAAUAUACAUCAAAAAUGGUUCAAGUUCGACGAUUACAACGUGUCCAGCAUCGAUGCGUCGGAUGUGCAAGCGAGCGCAGCGUACAUUCUUUUCUACUCCUGCCUACCCGACCGGCCACAGUCGGACGUGCGAUAAGGCGGCCGGUGGAUCGUUGUAUCGGUAUUGUACGAUCACAAACAAUCGUUGCGCAUUGUUUUGCAAGAGACUUGGUGGGAUGUUCAAAAUGAUGUUAACGUUAUACAUAAAUACGAUUAUUGUUCGCGCGAAACGAGGGAAAGAACGUAAGCAACGGGAGGGGGGGGGAGGAAUAAAAAAUGAUAAGAGCUACCACUACCACCACACUACCACCGCCGUAAGGUUUAACGGAUUGGGCAGGGUGAACAGAGGGAGUAGUCUGGGUCCGAAAAGGGCGAAGAUACACGCUGGAGGGCGGAAAGGGUAGACUCAUUAACUAUGCAUCUAAUAUACAUAUAUUUAUAUUGCUAUAACACCUACAUACUACACACACACACUGUGAUUGCCAAUCAAAAAAGGGAUAGAAAAGAAUGGGAACUAUGGAACAGCGAACUAGCCAGGAUGAUGUAGCGAAAUUGAGCCGUUGUAAUAUAAAACCAAUGCCUGUGGA